AUGAUUGUUGGUGAAAAGGCCCAAAACGCCGUACAAGCGCUCGAAAGCUUGAAAUCCCGAUUUGAAAUUAAAGAAGCGCCGGAAUUCAAGCGAUAUCUAGGCAUGAAUAUCAAAACAACGCCUACAGGCAUCCACCUGUCACAGGAGGAUCAAAUUGAUGACAUUAUCAACUCUUUUGGGCUUCAUGAUGCCCAUCCUACCAAAUCACCCCUUGAUCCUGGAACAGUUAUCGAUGAUGCUCCAGAUCUAAAAAUCAAUAUCAAAGAAUACCAGCGCGCCAAUAUCGAGCCCCCUAAAGCCUUUAGUGAUUCUGAUUGGGGUGGACCUCAUACAAAAGCACGUCGGUCAGUUGGCGGAUAUGUUUUCAAACUUGCCGGAGGACCAAUUGCUUGGCAAUCAAAGCGCCAAACCUGCGUAGCAACCAGCUCUAAUGAAGCUGAAUAUAUUGCUGCAUCCGAAGCCUCGCGCGAAGCCUAUUGGAUACGCGAAAUUAUGAAGGAUCUUCGAUUAUUUGAUGACCAACAUGCACCUGGUAUCCCAUUACAUAUGGACAACAAAGGAGCUAUUGAUCUUACAAUGUCCGACAUACAAACCAAAAGAUCAAAGCACAUUGACAUCCGCUACCAUUACACCCGUGAUAUGGUCGACCAAGGCAUCAUCCAUAUCAAGCAGAUCCCUACCGCCGAAAUGGUUGCAGAUGGCUGUACGAAGCCUCUGGGAUCUGAAGCUCACUCCCAUUUCAUUCGUUUAUUAGGUCUCCGCAACGAUGAUUAA